AUGCCUCUAAGGGUCUCUCUAGUUGAUGUUUACAGAGAGAUAUGCCACACGAAGAAGCUCCCACCACCUCAUCCGAUUAAGCACAAAAAAGCUGGAAGCCAGACUGAAUAUUGUGAGUACCACAAGCUGUACGGGCACUUCACUAAUGAAUGUUACGACUUGAAGAAUGUCAUCAAAAAAUUGCCCAGAGAAUAUCAACUUGAUAGAUAUCUAGCGGAUAGGCUCUACCUAUCAACAUUGAUGAAUAAGGUGUUUUCCUCACAUAUAGGGAAACUCAUGGAGGUAUACGUGGAUGACAUGCUCGUUAAGACUAAAGAAGACGGAACGCUAUUGUCCGACCUCUCAGAAGUAUUCUCCAUUAUAAGAAAGCAUGAAAUGAGGCUAAACCCCUCAAAAUGCACAUUUACAGUAAAAGCUGGAAAAUUCUUAGGGUUCAUGCUGACUCAGAAGGGUAGAGGAAAGAGCAGAACAUAUGGAGGCAAAGGAUUGGAUAGAGGAAAAAUUGUCUGCACAUAUUGUGGGAAGCUUGGCCACACAAUAGAUGUUUACUAUAGGAAACAUGGUCUGCCACCACAUCUGAAGGAGAGAUAUAAUAGUGGUAGUGCUACAACAUUCAAUUAUGCAGCCAUUGAUGAUAAUGUUGAUGAAGCCAGUGCAGAUCAGAAGCAGCAAAUGAGUGACGAGCAAUGCUUGAAAUUCACUCAAGAUCAGAAGAUCGCUUUACUAGCCCUUCUUCAGCGCAAUAAGUUACAACUCAUCCACAACACCAACCAAAUAGUUGGCCAAACUCCAGCAAUGAGAGGGGCCACUGACCAUGUAUCAUAUUAUCUUAAAGACUUUGACACUUACCAUCAUAUUCCCACAAUUAUAGUUAAGCUUCCAAAUGGCUCCUACACCAUAGGAACAGAUUCAUCAAAGAUGAGGAUUGGAGUAGCUAGAGCAACAGAUAGACUUUAUGCAUUGGAUAUCUCAACACAACAUGCAUUUUCAUCUUCAUCUUCAACGAAUUCUGUUAUUAGCUUUAAUAGCACAGCUUUUACACACAUUUGA